UAGGACUGUUUCUGAUCAGAGGGCCGAGAAUGCGCUUGAUUUGUAGGCAAUUACACAGCGUUGCUCGAAUCUAUGCAAAGAACAGUGGCCUCUCGCCCGGCCACAUUGACAUACUGCUUACUGCUGAGUGGUACGGUCCAAAGAUCUUUCCAAGACACAAAACUACUCGAGACACAGCAUGCGUCACCUAGAUGAUGCUGUGUGACUGAUCGAUCAAUCGGGCCGCCCGAAACUUCAAGAAAAAAGAUGCGACAACCCACCCAACCACUCUCAUAUACCCUGCACAAGUACUCAAUAGGCUAGGUCACUCAUGGCAGCUGCAGAACCAGUGUCGGAUGCCAAGAAGCUGGAUACCAACAGUCUCGUUGGCACGCCAGCAGAGCUCGACCAUGUUCUCUACCCAACAGAGUCCUAUGCCGGCAGAACAUACUGGGCCGACCUACCCUUUCGUCAACGGGCAGCAUGGAUCCAUCAUCAGGAAUCAUCCGAGGCCAAGCGUGAGUUUCGUAUUGUUUGGGAAAUGUUCAAGCGGGAUCCACUGGAACCCAUGCGCCGAUAUUUUGGCGACUAUGUCGUCCCUGGCAUGGGUCUCUUCACAGAAGGCUAUAUCCUCUUCUCAAUCGGCAACUUGGCGCCCUUGUUCGCUGCUGUAUGGCCCCAGUGUUGGGGGAAAUCACCGAGUGUCUGCAAUCCAGAACUUGUCAAUGCCGUCUCGUACCUCGAAAUCGUCGGUAUCAUGAUUGGUCAAGUGCUGGUAGGCGUGCUCAUUGACAAGCUCGGGCGUCGCUAUGGUCUUGUACAAGAUGCAGUCAUUCUCUUUUUGGGUACCGUCAUGCUUGCUGCAUCUUGGGGUAAAACGCUACAAGGCUGGGUCAUCAUGUACAUGAUCAGUCUCUUCUUUUAUGGCAUUGGCGUUGGUGGCGAAUACCCCGUCACCUCGAGCCAACAGACGGAAAGAGUACUUGGCCGCAGAGCAAAACGCGAGGACCGCUUGCAUCGUGGUCGCAAAGUACAGCUUGCCUUCCUCAUGCAAGGCUGGGGACAACUUGCAAAUCAAGCACUCUUGAUUAUCUGCCUUCUCAUCUUUCACGGCGGGAGCUCACCACCCUACACCAAAACCUCAACGCAAUAUACAUUCCGCGUACAGUUUGGUAUCAUCGGUGCCGUUUCGCUUUGGCUCUGCUACCACCGUUUCUACAAGGUCAAAGAUGCCAACAAGAUGCUCAAUCAGAGUAAGAAGAAGCAUGGCGUGUCUGGCUACGAUAUCGAGUCAUUCAAACUCACGUUGCGUGUCUAUGGUCACCGAUUGAUCGGUACCUCCAUCGCUUGGUUUGCCAACGACAUCUUCUUUUAUGGCAACAAAAUCUUCCAAAGCACCUUCAUCUCUGCCAUCACUGGCAAAAGUGGACCGGAUGUCGUGUUUACCAAUUGGCUCUGGAAUGGUGUCAAUAUUCUCGUCUCCCUUGCAGGCUACUACCUCGCUGCCUUCCUCAUUGAUUGUAAAUGGUACGGUCGCAAACGCAUGCAAAUGAUUGGCUUUCUUGCCGGUUUCAUCCUUUUUGUUGCUGCAGCUGCCAAGUUUGACUAUCUCUCAACACAAGGUACAGUGGCUUUCCAAUGCAUUUACUUUUUAUCGAGCUUCUUCCAACAACUCGGUGCCAAUGCAACCACCUUCCUACUCGCUGCAGAAGUCUUCCCAACCUCUGUUCGCUCUUCAGCGCACGGCUUUGCAGCAGCGUCAGGAAAACUUGGCGCAUUGGUCGCUGCCAUUGCAUACAACUAUAUCGACACAGAGACAAAAUUAUGGGUCGUUUGUUGGUUUGGUUUACUCGGUGCCAUCAUCACUUGGCUCUUCAUUCCCGAUGUCACGGGUCUUGACCUGGAAGAACAAGAACGCUAUUUCACCUAUAUCCGUCAAGGUCAAGGCACUGCCUAUCAUGGCCUUGCAGUGCAUCGCUGCCAUUUAUCAAAUUGGGAGAUUUAUGUCCUCAAGAAACAUUUACAGUAUGAUGGUGCAUUGGAUGCACAAGCAAAGAUUGUUGAAAUGCGGGAUGAGUAUCGUCAGUGGAAGCAAGAACGUGCACAGCGCGUGAUGGAGGGUAGUCAAGAGACCCUUGAGAUGAUUACGGAGAAGGGUGAACCACAGAAGUUGCAGGAUCAUGAGGAUGAUGCUGAAAAGCUAUUUGGUGGAUUGGAUCAUCGUACGCGUGAGUACUUUGAGAAUGAAGAACAAGUGGCAGACGACAGACCCUUGAAUGCUCAGGAACGGCUAGAAGUUGCAGAUGAUCAAGCAAGGACGACGUCGUUGUUGAAAGCAAUGAAUAAACCAUAAAACAGAAAAGUACAGCUAUAGAAUGUAUAUG